AUGGCGACGAUACUUAAAUUCCGUCAAAGUUCCCUGAGAGUAGUUGGGGCAGCUAAGGAGGCAUGCCAAGGAAAUGUAGUAACUAAACCAUUUUUGGGUGGUGGCCAUUAUAGAAGGUGCCUGUCAUCCCAUGUUAAUGUCCAAAAACAUGGAAGUAUAGCCAUUUUGGAGCUAAACAGGGGACCAGUGAACAGCUUCAGCCUGGAAUUUUUAGAAGAAAUAAAUACCACUUUGGGCAGCCUUGAAAAUGAUCAGGACUGCCAAGGAGUUAUAAUUACUUCAGGUGUUCCAAAAGUGUUUUCUGCAGGGCUUGACCUAGUGAAGGAAAUUUACCAGCCUUCAGAUAAAAAGCGCCUUGCUUCUUUCUGGAGUAAUUUUCAGGAGAUGUGGCUUCGCUUGUAUGGAUCACGGUUAGCUACAAUGGCAGCUAUUAAUGGUCAUGCUUUGGCAGGAGGCUGUGUCUUGGGCUUGUCAUGUGACUAUCGUGUCAUGGCUGAGGGAUUCAGAAUUGGAAUGGUGGAAAUUGAGGCAGGUGUCCCACCACCAACUUGGGUGGUUGGUACCAUGAGAAAUGUGGUUGGCCAAAGUUGUACAGAGAAAGCGAUCCUAAGUAACAAGAGGUACACAUCCGAGGAAGCUCUAGCCGUAGGAAUGGUUGAUAAGGUUGUGCCAAAGGAUAAAACCAUGGAAGAGACGAUGGUAGAAAUGGAAAAAUGGGUCGCUUUUUCUAGCAAAGCUAGAGAAUUAACCAAAAAAACACUACGAAAAGAGUUUGUGGAGGCGCUGGAGAAUAACAGAGCCGAAGACAUCAAGGACUUCUGUGACUGUAUACUCGAUGAAAAUGUACAGAAAGCAAUUGGGAAACAAAUCGAGAAAAUCUCCAAAAAGAACUAGAUACCGAAAGCACCGCGUGAAUUGUGUUGUCGUCAACGAUAACAAUUUGGCAAACGAAGAGAAGUCAGCGAGUGAACAAGUAAACUGGCAUCUGGAGAACUUCCUUCAUUUUCUGAGACCAACUUGAAGUGAGGCGCUUUCUAGUGCUUCAACAUAAAACUGCCAUUAUGUAAAUUAAACAUAACUUUUAGAAUAA